AACAACAGAAAUGGCGUCUUCCCAGGAUGUCCACGUCCGUAUUUGUGGACAAGAAAUAAUCAAAUAUGAUCUCGAAAUUAAAGCUCUCAUUCAGGACAUUAGAGAAUGUCCGGGGCCACAAAGUGUGCUGAUGGAUUUCAACUCCAAAGUAAAAGAGAAAUUAAAUCAACUGCGACUGAGAAUCCAGAAUAUGGAACAAAUGGCUAAGGAACAAGACAGAGAGACAGACAAACAAGCCAUCCUGAGUGAGACAGAGAGUCAUCGCAGACAGAAUCUGAGUAACCAGACAGCUUGGAGGAAGGCAAACUUGGCAUGUAAACUGUCCAUUGACAACCUUGAGAAAGAUCAACUUCUGAAUGGUGGAGACUCUACUGUGAGACAGCGGAAAGCAACUAAGGAGAGUCUGGUCCAGACGUCUGGUGACAUCACAGAGAGCCUGAUGAGCAUCAGUCGUAUGAUGGCCCAGUCGGUGUCUCAGAGCGAGGAGACCAUCGGCACUCUGGCCACAUCUUCAAGAACAGUCCUGGAAACAGAUGAAGAGUUCAAAUCCAUGACAGGAACCAUACAUUUGGGAAGGAAACUGAUCUCGAAGUAUAAUCGACGAGAAUUGACUGACAAACUACUCAUCUUUCUAGCAGUAGCUUUGUUUUUAGCCACUGUCUUGUACAUUUUGAAAAAAAGGCUGUUCCCAUUCAUUUAGAGGAAAUUGUAAGCAAUUGCCAGUUUUGUCCUUUGAUAUUACUCCCCAAAACGACAUCUGUAAUGUCACUGCAGUCAUGCUGCGUUUCUAACCUUUCAAUGUCUUUCUUGCCCUACUACAGCCUUGUGCAUGGCCAUUUUGCAUCUUCAAACCUGUCUGACAUGCAUUAUCUAUACCACAGAGGAAUGACCUUUAAUGGUAAACUCACCGCAGAUGUUGAGAUGAGCGUGAUGAAAGGACUGCUCUCAGAGUAUCUUGAGCAUGUGCACAGGUGCGCUUCACGCUGCUACGAAAUGGAAGCUACAGGACCCAAAACAGAGAAGUUUAGCCUUGCGGAAAUUGAUCCACUUUCGUGCAUGCAACAUCUCGUUGAGUAUCUUUACUGGCAGGAAUUCUUUAUUCCAUUACCUUAUUUUUACUGUAUAGUAUACCUCAAAUGUACACCCUGGUGUUAGUCCAUACGAGGAAAUGACAACGGUUACUGUACAUCUGAAACAGUAUAAUAAAGUUUGGACGU